GGUGGCGGGCCGUGGAAACGGCGCUCUGCUUCUGUGAUCUUUAUUUCUUUCUGUUUUCGUUUGCGGAUCACGCGCUUUCCCUGACUCGCAGAAAGUUGACAUCCGAGAGCGAAGGCGUCAAAACGCCACGCUUGCCGAAGCAAGGCAGUUGACUCGACGGCGGGUGAAUGUCGCAAGCGGCGGUGCUUUGUAGAUGCGAGGCCAUCGUCGGCGAACCAAACGUGCAGAGAAAGAUCUCGCGUGCAGUGCAAGAAAGCCCAGUUUGUUCCUCAACCAAAAGCGUCUUCCUCCGGAUUUUAUAUCCCCCUCUAUGCAACGUCGCCGCUGUGGAAAGCUCGCGUUUCCUCCCGAAAUGAGAAAUGAGUGCGCGCUUCGUUGCGUGGCGCGGAAGCCAAGGUCGCGCUCUCAUCGGAUCGUGAAAUCUCCGGCUCGUUGCAUGAAGACGUCGUAAUUGGAGGGCACCACAAGAACGCUCGGCCCGCAUGACUACGCAAGCAGACUAAGACGAUGACGGCCAGCUGUCACCCCUAGAAACUUGUUGCAUCGGAGACCCGUGCGCGGGCAAGCUAUAGGCAUGGAGGGAAGCCAGGAGUGUCAGCAGCUGCGACAGCCUCCGCAGCAGCGCGAGCGGCAAAGGCGGCCGCCGCCGGCGGGACCGGACGGUCCGCGGUCCUGGCUGGUGGCUGUCGCCUGCGGGUGGAACCUGCUCUGGAGCAGUCUCGUUCGUCGCUCCUCGGGAGUCAUCUACGUGGCCUUGGUGCGCGCGUUCGGCGCCACACGUGAACAGAGCAGCUGGGUGCUCAGCGUCGGCACCAGCAUCGCCUGGCUGAUCGGUCCCCUCGUCGGCUUCCUCACGAAGCAUGUACCGCUGAUGGCGUUGUCUUUCACGGGAAGCCUCGUGACGGCCGUGAGCGCGAUAGGCUGCGCCUUCGCUGGGGACAUGACGGCCGUCUUCCUGCUGCUUGGAAUCUGCAGCGGUAUCGGCAACGGCAUCGGGAUGCCUACUAACGACGUGAUCAUCGGCAAGUACUUCAAGCGAUAUCGAGGCUCGGGCAACGGCAUCUACUACACGGGUGGCACAUUGGCCGGGUUCGCUUUCCCACCGAUCCUGCACCUCCUGUUGCAGGAGUACGGCUUCAUGGGCGCCUUCCUCAUUACGGGAGGUCUUAUGCUCAACGCCCUAUCAGCGUGCAUCAUGUUCAAGGUGCCUCCCUGGGAGGCAUCGAAAUCCACGCGCACGAAGAUCUCGCCCGCGACAGCUGCAGCUAACACAUCCGGCGACAGAGAGCAGCGGCGAGGAUCAGCAGCGAAUCUGGAGCGUUCGGAACGAGUGGCGACGAUUAAUGGUACCUACAAAGCCGUAAUCGAAGCCGGCGCGUCCGCCGACGCAGAACUGCACGGCACCAAGCUCAAAGACGUGCAAUCGAAACCUUCGCUCAAGAGCACGUCGAUUUUACAAAGCUGCGAGGAUUUCGCUUCUUACGCCAACGGGUCUUCACCCGACAACGGAGCGGACAUCGUCGGCGUGUCUACCCGCGAAAUCUCCGACGGGCGGCCUUCAGCUGUCGCAAACGGCAAAACGACCACGUACGAGUUUCCUCCCUGUCCUAAACCUAUACAGUUCGGGCGCAUUUCCUUCCGCUUCCUCAAGAGAAAACAAAGCGGCGACGGCGACACUCCUUCGUACUCGAGCUUGGACGGCGCCUACAACAUUCAACAUGGCGAAACCGGUAGCACUCGCAACAAUAGUGCCGUCGCACCUCCGUGGUCUGUGUCCGAACCAGAAGUCGUCGUCGUCAGCGGAUGUCCCGAAGUCGUCGCCGUCGACGCUGCGGUCAAAGGCCUCUGUCGCCAGACGUCGGCCGGACCAAACGCACUGCAGGCCAACGGCGAUGGCGGGGACUCGUCGCACUGGAGCUUCCUCCGGGCGCCCGUCUUCUACAUGGUGGCCGUGACGUGCGCCUUCUCGGUCUACACGCUGCUGGUUCUGAUGAUCCUCGUCGACUUCGCGGUCGAGAAGGGCUUCACGCGCCGCGACGGCGCAGUGUUUCUCUCGGUGUCCGCCAUCGGCGACGCCUGCGCCCGGCUCGUGGCCGGCGCGCUGUCGGACCGGGCCUUCUGCGACCGGCGCGUGCUGAUGAGCGCCAACGCGAUGCUCACGGGCGCGCUGUGCGCCUCGCUGCCCACCAUGCGACCUGACCGCUACGCGGUGACAGUGCUCAUGUGCGCGGUGUUGGGCUGCACCAGUGGCACUGUGGCCGUGCUGUUCGUGCCCGUGCUCGCCGACCAGCUGGGAGUGGAGAACUUGGGACUUUCGUCGGGCGUCACCCGGUUCGUGAUGGGCCUCGCUUACCUGGUGUGCCCCAAGAUCACCGGUUACUUCAAGGACGAAAUCGGGUCAUACGAUGGACUACUCUACAUAAUCAGCAUUGGCUCUGUCUUCGUCUGUUUAAUGUGGACAACGGAUUUCAUCUAUAGACUCAUCAAAAGACGUCCGACGACUAGUGCGUCUUGACGUAGCAUGCUUCACGUAGCAUGCCAGCGGCGUGGCUCCGCGCUUCUCGCUGUCGCAGCGCGCUGGCUGACGCCCGGUGACGUAAGCAGAACGUCACUUCGAGGGGCGCGGCUUUGCGCUCACUGCAGCCCCCCCCC